GGUCUGUCCGGUCACCGACAGUCCUUUCCCCUCCCAUUAGACCGCUUAACUUGACCAUCCGGUGCUUCGACCCCCCUCCCCGCUUUACUCCCCCUCUCCAGUCAUCCUGUCCCCUCAGCUCUUUCCCGGUCCUCUACAUUGGCUCUCACCCCUUCACCUGACUCUCUCACCUGUUUCAUCCUGUAUCCUCCCUCCUCGGCGCUCCUGAUCAUAACAGCAUACUUCUUUGUAACACACACACGACGCCGGAGGAUCUCAGCAGGUCAGGCGGUAUCUAUGAAAACUCUUAAAGAAAGACAAGAAUGACCCGUUGGGCUCGUGCUAAUAACAUCCAUAAAAAGAAAGUCUCAGAAGCAACCCCAUGGAGCCAGAUGAAACAAAAUGGUGGCCCAAGUCAGGCAAAAGCAAACGGCAAAUUCAGUAAAAAUCAGCGAGCCAAGCAUGGAAACAAGCCGCAACAAGUUAGACGUAAAGAAAGUGACUGGUACCACAAGAAAGAGGAGUAUCAUAGUGAAGAUGUUAAUGGCUUCAUGGACUACCUGAAAAAUACAGGUCGCGCUCUCCAUAAAGGAAAAUUGGUGUCUGUAGAUAAUGAAGAGAUAAAUAGCAAUGCAGCACUAGCCCUGAAGAAGGACCAGAGAAGAGAGCACAGAAGGUUGAAGAGGCAAGCGCAGAAAAAGAAUGCCAUGAUAUGUUUCCACUGCCGAAAAGCAGGGCAUGGAAUGGAAGACUGCCCGGAAAUGGAUAAGGAUGCAGAGAUGGGAAGUGGUAUCUGUUAUCGGUGUGGUUCUACAGAACACGAGAUCCAGAAAUGCAGAGCAAAGAUUGAUCCUGCACUAGGAGAAUUUCCAUUUGCCAAAUGUUUUAUUUGUGGUGAAACUGGACAUCUUUCAAGGUCCUGUCCGGACAACCCAAAGGGACUAUAUGCAAGUGGACGUUGUUGCAAGCUGUGUGGUUCAGUAGAGCACUUUCAGAAAGACUGUCCUGAUCAUCAAAACACAAGUAAUCACGUUCUUACUGUUGGCCGAUGGACAAAAGGAAUGAGUGCGGAUUAUGAGGAAAUCCUGGUCACUUCAGAUACUCCCAAAUCUAAACAAAAAACUCCAAAGAUUGUCAACUUUUAACCAGUGCCUUCAAAGUGAGAAUUUCAUUGAUCUCCCUGCAAGUCAUCAAGACAGAAGAAGUGAAUGUUAUUUUAACAAGGAAAGAAAUACUUUAAAUUCCAUUUUAUACCAGCAGAUGGAGCAAUUGCUUGGCAAAUCCAAGAUCUUUAUACCUGGCUCUAAUAAAUAGUUGUAUGAGGUUGCCAUAAGUUUAACUUUCAAACAGUAAAUGGAGCUUUGUUUUAAAUGAGCAAUUUUUUUUUAUUAUUAAGUAUCCCAGUACAUUUCACAGUGGGGUUUGGUCCAAUAAAAAGUAGGUGACUAAAAGCUAAUUAAUAGGUGAGGUUAAGAUGGAUCUGAAAAGGGACUGAGUGACACCAGUAACAGAGCAAAAGGAAAUGGAGGAUUCACGAGAGAGUUGAGUUAGCAUAAUGAAAAGCUUUUCUGAUCAGAGGAAUACACACAAAAUACUGGAGGAACUCAUCAGGUCAAGCAGCAUCUACGGAAGGAAAUAAGCAAUCAAUAUUUUGGACUGAGACCCUUCAUUGUCUCAGCAAGAAAACAUUGACUGUUUAUUUCCCUCCAUAGUUCCUCCAGCAUUUGUGUGUAUUGCUCAAGUUUUCCAACAUCUGCAGAAUCUCGUUUCUGAUUAAUAGGUAUUUGUGUUCUAUUUCAGAUGUGUCUAAGGGAGGAGGAGAGAAAGAUCUAUGAUUAAAUUAGUAUUUGCAUUCCUUGCAUCAGAAUGCUUCUUUCAGCUUUAUGUAAUUGAUUUUUUUUUCUUGAUUUAAAUUCAGUUUUCACUCCAGAUAUUAGGCUGGGCACAAGUCAACCUUUUGGAACUUCUAGGGAAUUUGGCUGAAUUAUCUUUCAUUCACCUUCUCUAAAGCUUCCACAUCCUUCCUUUAAUGAGGUGACCAGAAUUUGUUCAGUUCUGGUUGCCUUAUUUCGGAAGAAUGUGAGAAAUUUAGUGCGGGUGCAGAGAUUUACCAGGAUGCUGCCUUGACUAAAGAUCAUGUUUUAUGAGGAUAGAUUGAGCAAGCUAGGGCUUUUCUCUUCAGAGAGCAGGAGGACAAGAGGUGACUUGAUAGAGGUGUACAAGAUGAUAGAGCCAUAGAUCGAGUGAACAGCCCACGACAUUUUGUUUAGAGUGGAAAUGGCAAACACCAGGGGGCAUAGUUUUAAGGUGAUUGUAGAAAAGUAUGGGGGUGAUAUCUGGUAGGUUUUUAACACCAAGAGUUGAGGGUGCAUGGAACAUGCUGCCAGGAUUGGUGGUAGAGGGAGAUACAUGGACAUUUAAGAGACUCAGAUAGGCACAUGAAUGAUUUUUUUAAAAUGGAGGGCUAUGUAGGAGGGAAGGGUCAGACUGAUGUUGGAGUAGGUUAAGAGGUUGUUACAACAUCGUGGGCCGAAAGGCCAGUACUGUGCAAUAUUGUUCUAUGUUUUAGGCACAUUCAAGACAACAGCGCUCUUCCCAGCAUACCUUCCAGCUGAGUUAGUUAGUUCCAUUGUCCCAACACCACCUACAAGCUUGGGCAAUAGUCCAAUCCUUAUUUUCCUCUGCUCUAGCCAGACCACAGAUCUAGUAGGGUCUGGGGUAUAUAGUGACAGCCAGAUUGUAUUGAGAAGCCAAAUAGACAAUCUCAGACCCAUUAAGCUGCACCAGAAUUUCUAAAGAAUGCAAAAAGAUUUAUUAUUUUUACAGUCUGAGGUACAGUGAAAACUUGUCUGGUAUCCUGUUGGUACAGAUCAAUUGCUCAGGGCAUUAGGGUAGUACAAGGUGCAGAGUAAAGUGCUACAAUUACAGAGAAGGUGCAGUGCUAACAGACAGUAAAGUGUAAGGCUAUAAUGAGGUAGGUCGUGAAUUCAGGAGACCUUAUCAUAUGAGAGAGCCAUUCAGUCAUCUUUUAACAGUGGGAUAGAAGCUGUUUUUGAGCCUGGAAAAAGAGAAAAAAUAGAUUUGUAGCCAUUGUGAAAUGUGGAAAAACAGAAGAUAAUAGAAACAGCAAAGUGAUUUAUGACUAGAUAAUAAUUCUUGAGUUAAAAUACAAGCAUUUCAUCUACACCAGGGGUUCCUAACCAUUUUAAUGCCAUGAAGCCUAGGGAUCUAUGGUCACCAGGUUGGGAGCCCCUGAUUCUACACUAAUCAGAGAGCACUACAGCACAGAGACAAGCCCUUCGGCCAAUCUAUUCCAUGCCAAACAUAGUCUUCCUAGUUCCAUCGAUCCACAGCUGGGCAAGAGCCUUCCAUACCCCUCCUGUCCAUGUACAGUACUUAUUCAAAUUUCUCUUAAUAUUGCAAUCAAAACCACAUCCACCACUGCCAGUGGCAGCUUGUUCCACAUUCUUUGUGAAGAAGUUCCUUAAAUAUUUCACCUUUAACCUUAACCCAUGACCUCUAUUUCCAGUCUCACCCAACCUCAGUGGAAAAAAACCUUGCAUUUACCCAAUCUAUACUGUCAUAAAUAUGCAGGAAAGGGAAGGAUAUGAGCACUGUGGAGGCAGAAGGAAUUAGUUUAGCUGAGCAAUUGAUUGGCUCAGUACAAUUUUGUGGGCUAAAUGGGUUGUUCGUUUGUUGUACUGGUCUGUGUUCUAGAAUAGGUCACCUCUUCCUCUGGAGGUAUCGGGGAAAAGUCCAAUUACACCAGUAUAUUCCUUGGAUGUCUACCUUCUCCAGUAUGGUAGAAGAUUCAGGGUGCCUACAGCUGACACUGUCCCACCAUUUCUCUCCAUCGCUAAACUACAGACCACUUCUCACAGAGUACAAUAGUCUAGAUGAGCACUUGACUUCCUUAGGCAUAGGGAGCUGUGGACGAAGUUCCUGGCAAUCGGAGCAGUAUGGAAAGGUGUCCACUGGUCAGCAUGGACAAGUUGGGCUGAAUGGCCUGCCUCCGUGUAGUAAUGCAAUCACUUGAGUCAAGUAUGAUGUACUAAGGGGUUGUCUACUGGUGAAUCCUCAGGUGGCUGUAGAGGCCAAUCCAGGGUCUACAUAUUCUACGAUGUUAGGGUGUAUUCCCUUAAUGGAGAACACCUAUACGUGACUUUGUUUAACGUGGGGAAGCAGAUACACGGUUAUCUGCCACAUGGUCCUUGAGACAUCAGGGUUAGAGUCUAGUGGCAUGGAAUGCAAGACAACUGUGAACCUUGCACUGCCGCAGCCUUCCUCCACCUUAUUUCCAUUAUGAUGUGUCAUCUUCCACCAGUUCCACCAUUGAGGUCUUGGUUGGCUCACAGUUUGUCUGGAUCCUCCCCAUUGACCUUACCACCAUGGAUGACCCUACCAGGAGCUAAGCUCCAGGUGGUGUGGAUCUCAGGAGCUCACAAGCCUUUCCACCACGACAAGGUGAUGAUCCUCGGAGAGUACAAGUCAAGAAUUCUUGAAAUAUCAAUUCACAUUAAGCACUGCUGCAUUAAACAGCUCUGUCAUCACCAGAGAUCAUAGUGGUGGAUGGCUCCUGAUAUUCCACUCGGUUACAGUGAUCAACAGUACAGAAAGUUGAUGAUUUACACUUACUGAUGAAGGCACCAUUCAAUAUUCUUAUAACAAAUAAAUGAAUCUG